AUGGCCACCCCCCGGCAGCGGGUGCUGGCCGCCAUCCGCGCCGAGGUGAAGCGGCACGAGGGCGCCAAGCAGCACCUCAACAAGCUCAUCCGGCUCGUGGAGAGCGUGGCCGAGCCCCGGCUGCGCGCCAGCCUCGCCGCCUCGCUCAGCGUCCUGCAAGCCGAACACGUCCCGCCGGGUGCCCGGGGGGCCAAGGGCACCUUGGAGGCGCCCCGCGAGUGCCCCCCGGCCGAGGGCUGCGCACCGGGUGCCCGGCGGCCGCUGCUGAGCCAGGCGACCUGGGCGUGCGCCGAGGUGGCCCCCGAAGCCACCAAGCCCUCGCCCUACCCCGCGCCCGGGGCAUCCUCACCUCACCCGUCYGCCGGCCCCCGGCGCCUCCGCUUGGCCAACAAGCCCUUCAAGACGGUGACCACCAGCGGGGCCAAGAUGGGCUCGGAGGCCAAGGCGGGCAAAGGUGCCCACAAGGGGCCCGGCAGCCGCCUCUCGUGGCCCGAGGGCGAGGGCAAGGGGCGAGCGAAAGGCGGGGGCAAGACCGGCACCGACGGGGGCCCCCGGCCCCCCGCCCGGGCCCGGCUCUCGCCUCGCAAGGGGAAAAGCAAAACCCUGGACAACAGCGACCUGCACCCGGGGCCGGCGGUGCUGACGGCGGCUGUGCCCCCCRGCGAGGGCGGCGCGGGGCUCAAGCGGGGCCGCGAGGGCGGCCGAGCCUCCACCCGCGACCGCAAGAUGCUCAAGUUCAUCAGCGGCAUCUUCGCCAAGAGCCCGGCGUCCACCCCCACCCACCCCGCGCCCCCCUGGGCGCUGCUCAGCACCGACCUGCCCCGCGGGGCCUCCCCCAAGGCCUUGGUGAACAGCCAGGAAUGGACCCUGGGUCGCUCCGUCCCCGAGAUCCGCCUGGGUGUCCUGGGCAGCAGCAAGAGUGGGAAGUCGGCCCUCGUGCACCGCUUCCUCACUGGCUCCUACGUGGGCCUGGAGCCCACGGAGAGCGGGCAGUUCAAGCGCGAGGUGCUGGUUGAUGGUCAAAGCCACCUCCUGCUCAUCCGAGAGGAAGGCGGCGCCCCAGAUGCCAAGUUUGCCAACUGGGUGGACGGCGUCAUCUUCGUGUUCAGCCUGGAGAACGAGAGCAGCUUCGAGGAGGUGACGCAGCUGCACGAGCUGCUCAGCGGCCACCGAGCCCCCGGGGACGUGGCCCUGGCGCUGGUGGGCACGCAGGACAAGAUCAGCUCCUCCAACCCGCGGGUGAUCGAGGACGCCCGCGCCCAGGCGCUCUGCGGUGACAUGAAGCGGUGCCUCUACUACGAGACCUGCGCCACGUACGGCCUCAACGUGGACCGGGAUUACAUCCACAGCGCCCACGGCAAGGAGAUGGACCUGCUGCGCACCACGGUCAAGGUGCCCGGCAAGCGCCCGCCGCGCGCCAUCUCCGCCUGCGGCCCCGCGGCCAGCAUCAACGGGCUGCUCAAGGACGUGGCCGGCGUGCAGGCACCCGAGGGCGGCGGCAGCACCUCGCCCGUGGCGCUGAGCGUCCCGCCGGAGCCGGGCGCCAAGGGCAAGGAGCGCUCGCUGCAGCGCUGCGCCUCCGCCUCCAGCGCCAAGCUGCCCAGCAGCGAGGCUCCCCCCAGCUCCGAGGCCAUCUCCAGCCCCGGCAGCGCGGGCAGGGAGCCGCCGCCGUCGCCCAUGAUGGACAGGAAGAAGCACCGGCGGAAGAAGCUCUCGACGCCCUCCAAGACGGAGGGCUCCGCGGGCCAGGCGGAAGCCAAGCGCAAAAUGUGGAAAUUAAAAAGCUUUGGUAGUUUAAGAAAUAUUUAUAAAACAGAGGAGGAGAACUUCGAGUUCAUCAUCGUGUCGAGCACGGGGCAGACGUGGCACUUCGAGGCGAGCAGCUUCGAGGAGCGCGACGCCUGGGUGCAGGCCAUCGAGAGCCAGAUCCUGGCCA